GUUAUUGAUUCAACUUUAGAAGACGUUUUGACCGGAGGACCGGCUUGGAGGAUGUCCCAUGAAAAUGGAUGAAUUACUGGCGAAGUUAAGAUUUUCUUGAAAAAAUUCUCAAAGAAAUUUUGAAGAAAUUCAGAUGGUUUAAUUUUUAGAGAAAUUCCAUUUCUAUGGUUCUGAUUGGUUAAAUCCAGGUUGAAUUCUUGAAAUAUCCUCAACAAAAUUCUUGGAUAAUUUUCCCCUCAAAUAGAGUAACUUUCAAUUCCCAGUCCAGGUUUAAAUCCCUUUUUGCUUCAUUGUGCAUUAAAUAUUCGCCAGCGUGUGCCCUACCCAUGAUUUCGAACGUGGACGCGCCUCUGAGAUGAACAAUAGGUAGUCUUUCAAAGGAACGCUUUUCAUCGAACAAAAUCGAUCAGAACAUCAAUUCCACUAAUUACCCUUGAACUUACCUUCCCUCUUAAUACUCGAGCUUCAAAGUGCCUCAUGACCUUCGAUACUCAUUGCAUUCCGGACAGCAAAUUCGGCCACAGUCUGGCCGACGCCAUCUUUUUCCUCAGCUUUCUCAUGUCUACGCACCACAUCACCCUGAACUUUCCCAUUACCUACCCAACAAACUCUAACUACGCAAAUCCAUUUCGCACAAGUCAUUGACUGCACUGUUAAAACAAAUUCCGAGAGCACAAAUCAAGCAUGGGAAUAGAACCAUCUCACACAAACUCCAACGUAACAUGAAAUGCAUGUUUUUCCAACAACCCCAUCACAGCGGGGGCGCUUGUCGAUUAUCGUUGGUGAAAAAUUUCAACCUUGUCCCCUACCGACCGCCGUCCAUCAAGGAGACCAUCUAGGCACCCUGCCGGGCUGGACCGGGGAAAAUUAUUUAUUAAUCUCCACACUGGGCCAAAUCCCUGCAGAUCACCGUCAAGUGUUGAAGUGCAAGCAGUGUGAUUGUGCCUCCAGUUUCCGGAAUUCAGUGAAAUUAGGAUUAGGAUGUACAGGUUAGAAACAGGACAAAUCUUCGCAGCGCUUUGCUGCAUGUCACUGCUUCCGCAGCUUUUGUACCGAUCCGUGUCGGUUGAGGCCCAGCAUCAACCUGGAGACGAAACCUGUGAAACCCUUCCGUCGGAAAUCCAUCUGAUAAAAGAGGAGUACGAUGAGCUGGGUCGCCUCUACAGGACCUGCAACGGAGAUGUAACGGUGAACAAGUGCGAAGGCAAGUGCAACAGCCAGGUGCAACCGUCGGUCAUUACCGCCACCGGGUUCCUCAAAGAGUGCUACUGCUGUCGGGAGUCGUUCCUGCGGGAGCGCCAACUGCAGCUGACCCAUUGUUACGAUCCGGAUGGUGUCCGAAUGACGGAUCACGACUCGGCCACGAUGGAGAUUCGCCUGAAGGAACCCAUCGAUUGCAAGUGCUACAAGUGUGGCGAUCUGGUUCGCUAAGAAGGUGAUCGAAUUGUGAAAAGUGUUUGCAAUAACCCCUCUCUCUUUCUCUCGCACCGGCGUGUAUUAGAAGAUAAGAUGGCCCUUUUUCAGUUCGUGAUUGUCGUCAGUGCCCGGAAUCGUUAUCGAAAUGGUUUUAUUGCUCUCAAUAAUAGUGUAAGCGCCCCUCGAAACAUGAAAUGUCGUUCAAAUCAGUUCUGAUACUAUGGAUAAUAAAAACUAAUGCUGCGAAA